UCCGGCUCCUGAUGACGGACAUCCUGCUCAGAUGAGAAGGAAGAUCUCCAUUAUUUACUCUUCCCUAGAAAACGAACUUGACUCUGUUUAUCUCUUAACGUGCUAAACAGAGGUCAUAAAGAGCCGAACGUGCGCGGUUACGUCGUGUGAGAUUCUCGGAGUCGCAGAAUUAAAGGUUUUCUUUGGUUUCGUUGUGCCCGGAUAGCCGCCCGGUCGUAGCCGGCCUGCAGGGCGGGGAUGUCGGCGAGCGUCGCGCAGGGAACCGCGCUCGGAGCUCCGGCCUCGGGCAUGUCCAUGUUCCGCUGGCUGGAGGUCCUGGAGAAGGAGUUCGACAAGGCGUUCGUGGACGUGGACCUGCUUCUGGGUGAAAUCGACCCGGACCAGGCCGACAUCACGUAUGAAGGCCGCCAGAAGAUGACCAGCCUCAGUUCGUGCUUUGCGCAGCUUUGCCACAAAGCGCAGACAGUCUUCCAGCUCAACCACAAACUGGAGGCUCAGCUGGUGGAUCUGAAGUCAGAGCUGACGGAUGUACAGGCAGAGAAGGCUGUGGUGGAGAAGGAGGUUCAUGAGCAGCUGCUCCAGCUCCACGCCCUCCAGCUGCAGCUCCAUGCCAAAGCUGGCCAGGCAGUCGACUCCAGCUCCAUCAAAGACAGGAUGCCUGUUCCUUCCGUGGAGGAGAUGGAGAAGGAACUGGAGGCCAGUAAGAAAGAAAAAGUGAAGGAGGUGAAGCUGGAAGCUGAAGUGAGGAUGCUUAAAAAAGAGAACGAGGCCCUCCGCAGGCAUAUCGCUGUACUACAGGCGGAGGUGUACGGAGCCAGACUGGCCGCCAAAUACCUGGACAAGGAGCUUGCAGGGAGGGUUCAGCAGAUUCAGCUGUUAGGCCGAGACAUGAAGGGACCAGCUCAUGAUAAACUGUGGAACCAGCUAGAGGCCGAGAUCCAUCUUCACCGCCACAAGACAGUCAUCCGAGCUUGCAGAGGGCGCAAUGACCCGAAGAAGCCUCUAGCAUCACCAGCAGGACAUGACCCAGACUCUCUGAAGAAGACUCAAGGAGUCGGCCCCAUACGUAAAGUAGUUCUGUCUAAAGAGGAUCAUGAGGGCCUUGGAAUCUCAAUCACAGGAGGUAAAGAGCAUGGCGUUCCCAUCCUGAUCUCUGAGAUCCACCCUGCCCAGCCUGCAGAGCGCUGUGGGGGGCUGCAUGUGGGAGACGCCAUCUUAGCCGUCAACAACAUCAAUCUGAGAGACGCCAAGCACAAGGAGGCAGUCACAAUCCUCUCCCAGCAGAGAGGGGAGAUUGAGUUUGAGGUGGUGUAUGUGGCUCCGGAGGUGGACUCGGAUGAUGAAAAUGUGGAGUAUGAGGAUGACAGCGGCCAUCGCUACCGCCUGUAUCUGGAUGAGCUGGAGGAGGGUUCAGCCUCCAGCCACGGUAACGGCACUGCUGAGUCUGCCUCACUGCAAGUUGUGGAGAAGCACCUGAUGGCUGAUGGAGGUGAGAACGGAGACACGGGCAUCUCCAGCGAGAGUCCUUCAGAGGAGACGCCCUCAAAAACGGCCGAGUCUCCAGAGAGCUCCUCCUAAAGAGAUUACAGCGAGCUGAGGGAGAGGGAGAGAGAAAGACUCUGUCCAUGUAUGAUAUGUAACAUACAAGAUGUGUUUUGUACUAUAUGGAGAAGAGACCAUUUCAGAGUCCACUGGAGAUUGCAUGGAGACACAAAGAAGAAAUGGAGGACAGUUUCUCACAUGGUGGUCAUAGAAAGGCACAAGGAGCAUUUGCAAAUCCGUCACCAUUUGUGGUAAUUACAAUGUAAAACAAAUGCAAAGAAGCAGAGAAUUAUCUGGGUUUAUGAUCUGCUGUUUCAAAGCAUGAAUCUGCUCCAGUUCCAAUAUGGUGCAAGGGAUGUAGGGCUGCACAAUAUGGACAAAAUACCAUAUUGCGAUAUAUACUAAAAACACAUUGGUGAAUUUUUAGUGUAACAUAGUCAACAACUGGCCUGCAAUAUUUCAUCCAAAACAUUUGUUGGAUGUUGUCUUUUCUUGAUUGAUCGAAAUCCAGCACAUUUGUGAUUGGUCAGAAUGCUCACAGCAUACAACAAACUAUUGACAAAUAUUAUAUUGUGCAGCCCUAAAAAGAUGGGAAGUGUUUUUCGUACGUUGCAUAGUAACGGCUGUGUGCAGUUGCUGAUCCUGAACAGGUAAGCGGUACUGCUGUGGUGAUCUAGAAUCCCUUUAUUCCUAUUCAAAUACAUUUAAACUAGCAACAAGUUGAUGUCAACCUACAACAUAUAACCAUUAUCAAACAUAAACCUUUUUUGUCUUUUUAACCUAGUCUGUCCUGCUAAGCCUUCUGCUGUUCAAAGCCAAUGAAAAUCUGAUGACAUUACCUCUCGUUAUGGUUUGGUGGAAUGUAAUGACUCUAUUUAAAACACACCAUACACUAUAAAGUACAUUGGAGACAUCACUAGGCCUGUCACAAUAAAUUUGAGUUGAAGAUUAUUUGUCAUGUGUGAGUUCAAAUAACAUUUAUUCCCUUUUUUGUUCUGUUGCAAGCCAUAAGUGGUCGGAUUGGCUGAUUAGCUGUUCAUAGCUGUUGUGGCUUAGUAGCUCCCAGUCGUCCUUGCCGUUCUUCGAGGGUGUUAAUGCACAUCAAAUAAACAAACGUUACUCAGCGCUGACCUCCAAAGGUGUUAUAGCACCAAUCAAAGAUUUUUAUUGUUUUGGUAACACUCAUGAUUAGUCUCAAUAACUGCUUUUUUUUUAUUUACAUGUAUUUGCCUCAAACCCUGCAGAUGAAAACACACCGAACACAACAUAAUUGCGAUCCACUCAAAUAAUUGCGAUAGGGAAAGGACAUAAUAAUUGUGACAGGCCUAACAUGACGUCUCAAUAAAUGCAUCUUCAACUUCUUUUAUUUACAUGGAUUUGAAUGAAAACGGUAAACGUAUGAUUGUGAAAGCUAACAGCUGUGGAGAAUAAUUGUGUUCCUGCUAAUAUAUAAUAUUUGUGACAGACCUAGAUAUCACAUCACUCUCAGUGUUUCAUCCUGUUGCUGCAAUACCUCUUCUCUCACAGUAUCUGUAGCACAGUUCGAUGGAUUUAGUGGGGUUUCUUUGGUUAAAGGACAUGUUCUAGAGCAAUGUGUAAAGCACAGAAUCUGUUGAGUAUUUAAUAUGAGAAUGCAUGAGAGAUUGUGUCAGGACAGUUUUAUGCACAGUAUGUUAAGAAUGCUUCCACAAUGCAACACUGAUGAUGAUGAUAGCUAGAUGGUUAUUAUAGUUAUAGGAUGUUUAAAAGGCUAGAAGUAAUGUGAAACAGUUUAGUCCAUUAGUUUGUUUAUUUUGCUGGGAGAUGUCAGUGUCUGUGAUCCUGAGAAUGAACUGGGAGACCAGGGUAUUUUUGGACAAAGCAGGAUUUCUGUGUAAGCUAGAUAACUUAAUGGGAUACUCCAGUGUUUUUCUAAUGUCUAUCUGCUGCAUCUGUAGGAUAUGUUUGAUCACUGAGGAAAAUAAUUGUACAGAAUUUACAGAACAGAAAAAACAUACUUGAAACCUACUCAUAAUAGAAAGCAGUGGGCAGAUGCUUCAAAUGUUGUAAGUAUAUAUUAGGUUGACUGUUUUUCUGUUCUGUUUUUUAAGUACUGGGAUGCACAUCUACAUUAUUAUCCACAGUAAUGGACCGAAUGCUACAGAUGCAGUAGAUCAGUAUGGAAAGUCACCAGAGUAUUCUAGGGAUGCAGUGAUAUUGUAAUUGUGGGCAAAAGCAGAUAUGCAGUAUUUUUGUACAUAGCUGUUAAUGCCGAUGCAGAUACAUACAUUUCUAAAAUGUAGAAAUGUAGCCUAAAUUUACUUGAAUUAGCGCAUCAGAGAAAUCUAACAUUUCUGUAGUGUUAAAUCAGGUAAAAUGAAUAAAUUGCAGAUAUUUUAGCAUUAAAAUCCCACCAGCAUCUAUCUGAUGCUGGUAAAUAUUUGAAACAAUUAUCUGCUGAUACUGAUAUGAUUUCAAUAUCACUUCAUCCCUUGAGCUAAUAAAGUGAGCAAUGUCCAGUAGAAACAUUCCCGACCUCCUAUUGAACAGGCUUGAUUUUAGGCUUAAGUUAUCUGCCUUAGAGGUUUGUGAAAUACCGUCCAACACAGUGACCAUCUCUUCCUUUUCUGCAUGUCCUGCUCUGGUGUGUCACCUGAAAAAGUGCAAUAUGUGUGUUUUAGGUGUUGGGAGAAGAGGUUUCUUGUUGCUCUCUCCUCCACAUAUCGUUUUCGAGCCAUGCUUUGUGACCACUCUCUCACUAAUUUCCUCAAAGCUAAACCUUUAUUUUGAUACACAAAACCUUACAGUGAUGUCUAUAAGAAUUCAUUUCCAGAUGACUAUAAACCUAAGAGAACAUCUGUUUCUUUCUCAGAUGCAACCUAAACGAAUACCCACUGACAGCUGCAUAUUUAUGUAGAGUUUAUCUGUAAAGAAUUUUAGCUAAAUAGCAAUAAAGAGAAACUCCUGUACCAGUAUUUCAUCUGUUCGCUGCUCUAAGUCCUGCAGAAAUGUCACUUCACCUGUACACAUAGCCAGCGUGUGUGUCUUUUGCACUGUGGUUCUCAAAACGGUCCUCAGGGACCCCCAGACAGUCCACAUUUUUCCUCUGUCCCUACAGGUCCUCUUUUCAUUGGGCGCUGAGGACCGGUUUGAGAAUCACUGCUCUAGUGAACUUAGCCUAGUUCCUGUAGGUUGACACUGUAUUUCUGAACUCCUCCAUACUCUAAAGCUCCUUGAAAACAGGACAGUGUUUCAGACAAUCGGCUCAUGGCCAUUUCUUGUCGGGGUGUGGGUCUGUGUAGGGUGAGUUGGCUCAGUGGAGAGGAUUUUCAGUUACUGAUGGUUGGGUACUGUGGUGUAGGUAGGGGGGAGCAAACUGCAUGCCGUAGGAAACACCAACAGGCAGAAAGUAGCCUAGAGGAAUAAAUGCUCCUGUAGUUUUUACCAUUUUUACCCUACCAGUUUUCAUAUGGUUUGUGUGGUUGUUAAUCUUUCCUCUUAUUUUCCCCUCUAGUGUCAUAUGAUCUGUAUUUCUGCAAUCUAAAGAGAUUUCGUAUAAAUGUCUUAUAUCUGUAGUUACUGUAUAACAAUAUUUGAAUAAACUUAAAUUUAUUUGCCCA